AGUUACGAUUUUGAUUUGAUUUCUCUCAAAAAGUUGUGAUUUUUUUUUGCUUUUUAGCUAGCGGUAUUUUUGCUAUUAAAUCUGCGUUGCAGUCGUAUCUUGGCUCUUGGGUUUGAUAUCAUUGGAGAUUUCCCUGUUGAUAUGUAGUAUUUUGGUGCCCCCACGGCCAAAAAUGUGAUUUUUUUUUGGUCUUUUUUGUUGAUCUAUUGAAUCAAUGACCUUGUUGGCUUUCGACCGGCUGAAUUCGUUUUCUCCUUGCUUGUUGUUUGCUGCUUUAUGUUCUUAUCUUGUUUUAACGUAUUGGAUUAGGAGUUGGGCAGAUCUGUAGGUUUUAUCAAAAUUUUAGAUCUGAUGGGUAUAGCCUAGUUUAAAGUUGUGAUGAUGGUAGAAAUUGCUUCUUCACCGACAGGGGUCGUCGAUGCUGUUAUUCUCAAUUUGCUGAAAUAUUUGUUAGAAUGAGAGACGAUUCACGAAUGAAUCAAUGUAUCGAGAAUGCUUAUCUGAUAACUGGAUUUACUUAGAUUUCGACCACUUGGUAUAAAUAAAGUUCUAAAUUUUCACAGAAAUAUAUAUUCUUGCCUCCAACCUAUUUGUUGAUUUGUCUGAUGGAUCCUAGAUCUUUAACUGUUUUCUUCUUGUUUUUUCUUUGUUUUGAUGACGAUGAUGAUCUGAGAUGAAUAAUGAAACAAGAAUAGAAACAUCAGCAAGGAAGCAAACAGCAACAGGCCUUGGGACCAAAUCUUCUUAUAUCUUAUAUAAUUGCAGUUUUAAAUCAUGAUUAAUCAUGAUUCUUUGGCUUUGAUUGAUAGAGAAAUGUUGUGUGAUUGAAUACAAAUAACGUUCUGAAAUUGGGCACUUGGUAGAUCUUUCGCUGAGCUAUAAGGGCUAUUGAUAACUCAAAGAUGGUGAAGAUCUGCUGCCUUGGAGCCGGCUAUGUUGGUGGCCCAACCAUGGCUGUCAUUGCUCUUAAGUGCCCAUCCAUUGAAGUGGUUGUUGUUGACAUCUCCGUUGCCCGCAUCUCAGCAUGGAAUAGCGAUCAGCUCCCAAUCUAUGAGCCUGGCCUCGAUGAUGUGGUCAAGCAGUGCCGAGGGAGGAACCUCUUCUUCAGUACUGACAUUGAAAAGCAUGUCUCCGAGGCUGACAUCAUAUUCGUUUCUGUGAACACACCAACCAAAGCCCGUGGCCUUGGUGCAGGCAAGGCCGCCGAUCUCACCUACUGGGAGAGUGCAGCCCGCAUGAUUGCCGGCGUUGCCAAGUCCGACAAGAUCGUGGUUGAGAAGUCCACAGUCCCUGUCAAAACCGCCGAGGCCAUCGAGAAGAUCUUAACCCACAAUAGCAGAGGCAUCAACUUUCAGAUCCUCUCAAACCCAGAAUUCCUCGCAGAGGGCACAGCUAUCCAAGAUCUAUUUAAACCUGAUCGAGUGCUCAUCGGUGGUCGGGAGACACCAGCAGGCCAAAAGGCUGUUCAAGCAUUGAAGGAUGUCUAUGCCAACUGGGUGCCUGAGGAUCGGAUUCUAACGACCAAUCUGUGGUCUGCAGAGCUAUCAAAGCUUGCGGCCAAUGCCUUCUUGGCUCAGAGGAUCUCAUCUGUGAAUGCCAUCUCAGCACUUUGCGAGGCCACUGGGGCCAAUGUGGCUGAGGUGGCCUAUGCGGUGGGGAAGGAUACGAGAAUUGGACCCAAGUUCCUAAAUGCCAGUGUUGGUUUUGGAGGUUCCUGCUUCCAAAAGGAUAUCCUUAAUCUAGUCUACAUUUGUGACUGCAAUGGUCUUCCUGAGGUGGCCAACUACUGGAAGCAGGUCAUCAAGAUCAAUGACUACCAGAAGAGCCGGUUUGUGAAUCGCGUGGUGUCUUCCAUGUUCAACACCGUCGCCGGCAAGAAAAUUGCUGUGCUUGGUUUUGCAUUCAAGAAGGAUACCGGAGACACGAGGGAGACUCCAGCAAUUGAUGUCUGCAAGGGCCUCUUAGGUGACAAGGCCAAGAUCAGCAUCUAUGACCCACAGGUGACGGAGGACCAGAUCCAGCGUGACCUCGCAAUGAACAAGUUCGACUGGGACCACCCAAUCCACCUCCAGCCGAUGAGCCCGACGGCGGUGAAGCAGGUGACUGUGACCUGGGAUGCAUAUGAGGCCACAAAGGGGGCUCAUGGGGUCUGCAUUCUGACCGAAUGGGACGAAUUCAAGUCGCUCGACUAUAAGAAAAUCUAUGAGAGCAUGCAGAAGCCGGCAUUUGUAUUUGAUGGGCGCAAUGUGGUGGAUCCAGAGAAGCUUCGGGAAAUUGGCUUCAUUGUUUACUCAAUUGGGAAGCCACUGGAUCAUUGGCUUAAGGACAUGCCUGCUGUGGCCUAAAUGGUAGCCCUCUUAGAAGGGGAGGGAGAGAGAGGAGAUCAGUUGGAAUGUCGAGGGCUCGUCAUUUUUAGGCUCGCAAGCUUGGAUCGAAGAUUCUUUACAAUUGUUGUUCCUUUUGUUUAAGAUUUGGUGUUUCCUUGAUGGUCUGUUGUUUCCAAAUUUUAGUUAGGCAUGGCAGGGUCAUCUCUAUGUUUCCUCUGCCACUUUGGGUCUUACUAUCCAUUGUAUGGUGCCUUCUGCUGCAUUUAAGAAUAGAGCAGUAUCUAUUACUCUUCUCUAUGCUUUGUUGGUUCAGGCUAUUUCAGAAGGGCUUUUUCUUUUAA